ACUGACACAACGUUGGUUGCCACAGAACAACAAGACAAGUUAUCCAGUGUGUACAAACAACUGCACACCGCACGUGAAAACCUUGAACGGUCUUAUCUAGAAGUUGUACAGAAUGUCAAACGAUAUACACCGGAUCCGAAAUGAGCAAAACCAAAAUAUGCUCGCAGCCAAAGCUAUUGUAAGAACAUUUGAAGACAUGUUAAAGAAGCUAGAAAAAGAUCAUUCACGGCAAAUUGAUAUGCAAGCAUUACAAAAUCGUGUGCAGGAAUUUGAGGAGUCACUGAAAACAGUAACUGAAAUAAAUAACAACAAGCAAUUGGUGGAAAACAUUGUUAAUCAGCAUUCAGAACUGGUCACAUCGUGGAUGAGCGUAUGGUUCACUGAAAGAGAACAAAGUAUGCAAUCCAAACUUCGAAGUCAGGCCAUAGAAAUGAUUGCGAUGGGUGUGCAACUAACGAAAUACAAGUUCCUUGCCUCCAUAGAAUUUGAACAGUUAGAAAAAGACCUACUCGAAAUGAUUCAAUCGCUUCCCGCCAAACUAAAGGAAGGAGUUGUUGUAGAACAAUUUAUUGAAAUAAACGAGACAGUACUAGCCAUUCUUCGAAAGAUCAGCCGAGGACUGCGGCACAAGGAAAAACUAAAGGUUUUGAAAAAGUAUGUCUGGGAAGAUCAUGACCCACUUAAAGCAGACAUGGAUCGUGAUCAGUCGUAUUUUUUAGCUGGUAUAAUAUACAAGGAGAUUCAAACCAGCCGCAAACUUAUCCCAGUUGAUCAGUUUAUAUCUGACCUUCUUCUCGAUGUCGGCAGAGACGAUCUGAGGAGAAUGUACUGUAGGUUAAUGAAAACGAGCUUCUCCGUUCGUCCGCAAACACCGACGAACUCACCGCCCGUGACGAGCACUGAAAAUCCACAAAUGUGGGCCGUCGUUACUAAAAUGGCCGGCGAAAUGAGCGAAAUACAUCAGCGUAUGACGUCCAUUGUUGGCAACUUCAAUACCGGGGAAGAGAUACCGCUGUUUGGUUCAAAACAUUUCCAGACAAGGGAGUCUUCUUCGGAUCAGCUCGCAGUUUGGUUCGAAAUACUUCCAGGCAAGGGAUCCUUCUACGGAUCGCGGGCGGACCCAGAGGCAAUCCAAUUCUUUUGAGUCGGUGUCGAAGUAAGUAUUAAAUGCAUUAAUAGUGAAAUUCCAGGGAGUUUUACCAAUCAACAUACUUCAAUGAAGUUAUAGAAGUUUUUUUUCAAUUCAUCAUAAACUCAAUCGAGUUAAAAACUGGCUCGGAACCGUUGUUAAUCAUUGCCGCAAACACUGUUAUGGUUGCGGGGCAGUUUUUCUUAUAUAUAUGUGUUCCAUUGACAUAUCAGAAAAGAUUUUAAAUGGUUCUUGGUAAACAAUGAUGUCAUGAGCCACUUGAUUACCUAAACACCUGACCAGCAAGCUCGUUUAUUGUUUGCUAUAUAUUGUGAAUGUUUAAUUUAUGUUACGAUUAUACAGUUGUUGCUUUAAACGUAUUUUACGUCAAUGUCCUAACACAAAACGUUGUAAAUUUGAUUUGAUAAUUUGUCAAAAGUUCCAUAGUUCUAUAUACAAUUGGUAUAAUAAAUAGUGUUAACGAUAUUGAUAAUUUCGUAAGUUCAGUACAAUCGU